CUCCACCACCUCACCACAUCCCCGUUCACCCUCCCUCACCACCACCACCCUCACCUCCAUCCUCCUCUCCCAAGUCCAUACGUACCCUCUAUUCAUCCUUCGGUCCCAGAGGAGCUUCAAUUCUCCCUUUGUCCUCCCUUGCUUCCCUACGAGACGCGUCCCAUUGUCGCGAUCUGGCUGUCGCCCUCUACUCCUACUAGGGUCGUGUGUUUCCCCGUCAACUCACCCAUCGUGGAUCGCUCCCCCCUUCAGGUUUCUGCUUUCACUCUCCAUCCUUCUUUCUUCCGGACAGGAUAUUAACAUUCGACCAUCCUUCGAAUCGCGCUGCACGUUUCGGACCCUAAUCGGUCCGCUUGACCAUAUCAAGCAACACCCGCUUCCUCCGAACCAUCCUUUUGGAGGCAUGUCUUCAGCUGCCGUGUCAAACCGACAGUUUCAACCAUCUCCACAUGCUCGCGAUCAAUACUACCCGCAACAAGGUCCGAAUGUCGCGACUUCCCCAGCGUCGACGAGAAAAGCCGUGAGGUCCCACCCCGGUAGCAAUGGCUCGUCAACACAUUCUCCUCCGAUAACAUCACAACCUCACCACUCUCCUUCGGGCUCUCACGUUACUGGCGUGACCACUCCCCGUGCGCAACCCGCUCAUCCAUCAUCCAUCACGGCUCCGACCAUGCAGACACCGCCUGGUUCAGCUGGACCGCCGAUCGCGCCUCCUCCUCGUACCUCCUCACACCGCGGCGCAACCACGACGCCGAUGGAUCCGCACGCAGCAACACGUAGAACAGAUGAGCGGUCCGGCUCUUCCCGUCACCAAGCAGCGGCAUCAAGUUCUGCUGCAUCCCCCUCCACACAUGAGCAACGAAGACGCACCCAUCACUCCCCGCGGGAUGCUCCCGCUCAACAACCAGGAAGUUCUAGUGGUAGUCGGUCAAAGCAAAGUCCAGGCCACAGUCGUUCCGAAACGCACGUCGGCGGCACGAACUUACCGCACGAAGACAGCACCAUCAUCAAUCGGGUGGUCACAUCGGAUCCGCAAGAGGACCUGGCUCGCGAACAAGAGCGCAUGCAAGAGGCACGGCCAAUUCCGAAAGCCGAAUCAUCGAAAGCCGGCAAUGCUGCUGAUCCUGCUGAGGGUACCAGCCGCUCGGGUAGGAGCAGGCAAGAUCACUCAAAGUCUGAGCGGCGCAAAGAGACCAAAUUUGGUGAUUAUAUCCUGGGCCAGACGAUCGGCGAGGGCGAGUUUGGAAAGGUCAAGAUGGGCUGGAAACGAGAAGGCGGUGUACAGGUCGCCAUCAAGCUCAUCCGACGCGAAUCGCUCGGAACAAACCCCAGCCGACUACCCAAAAUCCACCGGGAAAUCGCCAUUCUUGGACAAUUACAACAUCCAAACAUCGUGCGAUUACACGAGAUGGUGGAGACCGAACGACACAUUGGCAUCAUCUUGGAGUACGCCUCUGGCGGCGAGUUGUUCGACUACAUUCUAAACCACCGAUACCUGAAAGACAACGCGGCGCGGCGGCUCUUCGCACAAUUGGUGUCCGGAGUGGGCUACCUGCACAAGAAAGGGAUCAUCCACCGCGAUCUCAAGCUGGAGAAUCUACUGCUAGACCGCAAUCGGAACAUCAUCAUCACCGAUUUUGGCUUUGCCAACACCUUCAACCCACACGAUGAGCUUGACGACGAGAUCGAGCUGAAUCUAGGUAACCGCGACUUCGUGAAACGAGCCGGACUGGACAACCUGGGACCGGACGGACACAGACGAGGCGAUCUCAUGCAGACCAGCUGCGGUAGCCCGUGUUAUGCAGCUCCUGAACUGGUGGUGAGCGAUUCGUUGUACACUGGUCGCAAGGUCGAUGUGUGGAGUUGCGGCGUUAUUUUGUACGCGAUGUUGGCCGGGUACCUGCCCUUCGACGACGACCCCGCUAAUCCCGAUGGUGACAAUAUCAACCUCCUCUACAAAUACAUUGUUUCCACGCCAUUGACGUUCCCCGAAUAUGUCACCCCUCAUGCUCGCGAUCUGCUCAAGCGCAUUCUCGUCCCUGACCCACGCAAGCGAGCCGAUUUGUUCGAGGUUGCGAGACACAGUUGGCUGAGUGAGUACUCCCAUGUCGUUGGUUUCAUCACCAGUAGUACGACCACAACCAACGAUAUUGCCAAUACCACUGUCCCGGCCCAAGAUAACUACGAGACGCCAUCACUCGCUCGCAGUGCCUCCGUACGUGAGCCGACGAAACCCCAUGCUCCUGUCUCUCCAGUCGGUGGUCUUGCUUCGAAACAAGGCACGAUCGACCAGACCGAGCCGGACGAGCGGACGAAGCAGAGAGACGCCAAGCGACGGACGGUGCAGGUUGAGUAUGUCGCGCCGAGUUCCUCGACUCAACGUGGCGAUGGCGCGCAGCCGACAACAACCCUUCCGGCCCGAACACGCACUCAUAACCAGGGGUUUGUCGAAGCCGAACGUAUUGAUCCAGCGCGAUCCUCCGCGAUGCCAGACCGAAAGUCAGAGCGAUCUGCUCGUCCUCCUCAGCGAGCUACGUCAGAUUCCCGUGCGCUCGACAAUUUCGCAUCAACUUCGGCGACCCGUCCAUCUACUGGUGGCUCUAUAAGCGGUGCACGACUCCCUUCCCGGGGAAACUCAUAUGGUCUGCCAUCAGAAGCCACCGUCGCGCAAACCAACGUCACUGGUCAUUUCUCGCAACCUCCACGUGGUAAACAAUACAGCAUGUCCGGUCCUCCGCCGAUGGAGGAGAUAUCCAUCGGCCGUCCCAGCACUCAGCGACGCCCCUCGAACUACGACCAGCUGGAGCAGAAACAACUAGCCCCUCACCGUGGCCACAAGCGGUCCAGCACCCUUAGUGGUAUGACCGAUAGGCUCUUCGGCCGCAGCGGCUCCAUCUUCGGUGGCGCUCGCCCUUCCCACGAUGUGAAUCGGGAGAAAAAGAGCUACCCACCCACGAGCAUGCCGCAAUCGGUCGCGAACGACGAGCGGGGUCCGCCUCGUAAAAGUACGGAGAGCCGUCGCACCAGCUUCGCCUUCCACCGCAACACCAGCAACCAGGACACCUCCGCACCCGCCUCAUCCACUAAAGGCGCCCGCCGCUUCUCCUCCCUCUUCUCCUCCUCCAAUCUCAUGGGCAAGCUCGGCGGCACCGCCUCCAAAGACCACCCCCUCCCCCCCGGCUCCUCCCAAUCCUCCGACCCCCGCAUCGCCGGCCCCCCCCGCCGCGCCUCCCGCC